AUGCUGGAGAAUGCAACCGCUAGGCAGCGUCCUCAAUAUCCGGAUGACAUGGCUUUAAUGAAUCCUUUCGGAGGAUUCGGGGGUAAUUUAUUUGGUGGUAUCAUGCGUCAAAUGGAGGAUGUGCAAUCGAAUAUUAUGAGCGAUCCAAAUGCACAUGUCUAUUCUCAUUCGACAAUGAUCACAUAUGACGGACGCAACGGAGACCAGCCACGUAUCGUCGAAAAAUCAAUUCGUAAAGCUGGUGAUAUCAGAGAGACGAGGGAAUCAUUGCGUCGUGGUAACGUAGGUGAGCGUAUGUCGAUUGAGCAUACGAUUGGUGAUAGAACACACGUUAUUGAGAAGAAGAGGGACCGAGAAGGUCGUAUUCGCGAAGAACAACGUUUCGUGAAUUUAGACCAAGGGGAGGCCGAAGAUUUCGAUCGUGAAUUCUCUACUCGUGUUCGUCAUAAUCUUGGUGGAGAUUCUUCGGUUCGCGUUCGUCAGGCAAUUGAGGCUAAUCCCAGAUCAACGUCUCAUACUAGCAGCAGAACCAACCAUACUGUUAAUUCUAAUUUUAUUUUUUCAAAAGCGAGCAAUACAACACGUCCAUCAGGAUCAGAGGCAGCACCAGUAAUAACAUUGGUUGAUGAAGAGGAAGAUGAGAUCAGUAACAGCAGCGGCAGUUCUCCGCAGCAAGCAAACGCUCAUUCGUCGCGUAAACAUGGUGGUUCUCGUUCGCGAUCAUCUGGUCCUAUAAUUCGUGAGAUAAGUGAGGAAGAAGCCGAAAUGAGUGUAUCGAAACGAAGGAAGGGAUUGGGACGCUUCUUCAAAGCAAACGAUGAUUAA